AUGACCGUGGCGUGUCCCUGUUGGAUUUAUGCUGAAACGUGCACGUGUGAGUUGUGGCCUAGAGUGGCGAGUCGUGAGGCAGAACUGCGGGAUAAAUACUUGUUGACGUAUCUGAGGUCAUUAGAUCCACGCCGGUUUAUAAUUACUGGAGAAAGUUAUUCCGUGAAGGCGCAUAACGUACAUGCGUUGAAGAGCGUUCGUGCCCUGGCUUGGCUCCAAGCUCAGAUGACGAGACACCCCUUAUCUUUGUGGCUUCAUAUCUGUGCCACGGCUGACUUCGCGACGUUCAAACCAGACGGUGAGGAGGUGGAGCGACCGAAAUCGGAUCCAUGUCCUUCGUCUUUUGUCGUUGACAUUGGUAAACAAGUAGAUAUCGUUUAA